AUGUAGGAAGUAUAUUUAUGCGCCUUAUUUGAAAAUAAUUCAUUGCCAGAAUUAAAGAGCUUUUUCAUUCAUUUUAAGAGAGCCAAUCCAAGAGUAAAGAAGGUUUACUUUAGAAUAACUUCAACUGAUUUGGUUUUAUAUUGCAAAGAAUCAAUUUCGUCUUGCUAUUAUAUUAAUAACAAUCAAGUGAUCGAACAGUUAAAAUUGGGCAAUUAACAAUGCAACAAUAAAUACAUUAUAUUAUAGUUCUAAGAUUUCGAUACUGUAGUUGGCGCUGUAAAUAAAAUUGCCUCAAAUCCAAAAGAUGUCAGAAUUUAUUUAGAGCAAAUUGAGGAUUAAAUAUUUUUGACUUGGAAUAUCACAUAACAAGAUGACACAAGCAUUAUUAAAUAGACAUACAUUGAAUUUAUUGAAGAAUUAGAGAUUGUUCAAUUAGAACUUUAACCUAUGAUAAUUAUGCCUACUUAUUUAUUGAAUUAGUAAAAACUAACUUUAACUUUAGAAUGGCUACAAUAGCAAAAAAUUAUGAUGCCCCUUUAAGAUUGA